CUCUCUCUCUCUCUCUCUCUCUCCCAAUGGCCGUUUCCGGUUUCGAAGGCUUCGAAAAGCGCCUGGAGCUUCAUUUCUCCGGCGACGAUCCCGUCUUCAACAUGGGCCUCCGUCAACUCCCCUUCGAUUCUCUAGAACAAAUCCUCCACGAAGUCCAAUGCUCUGUCGUCUCCGCCGUCGGCAACCACUACUUCGACGCCUAUGUGUUGUCUGAAUCCAGCCUGUUCGUUUACCCAACCAAAAUCAUCAUCAAAACCUGCGGCACAACACAGCUACUCAAAUCCAUCCCUCCAUUGCUUCACCACGCGCUUAAUCUCGGCCUUACGAUCUCCUCUUGCCGUUACACCCGCGGUAACUUUAUCUUUCCCCUGUCACAGCCUUUCCCCCACACAAGCUUCCACGAAGAAGUCGUGUACUUAGAAGAUUCCCUCCCUAACCACCUCUGUUACCGCAAAGCUUCCGUUAUGCCUUCUAACGUCACCGCACAUGUCUGGCACGUGUUCUCCGCCUGCGAUCAAACUCCCCUGGUUCAUUUCCCGCCGUCGGAUUUAUACACCGUUGAAAUAUGUAUGACGGAGCUUGACCGGACUCAGGCGAGGAAAUUCUUCCGCCGUCCUGGCGAUGGAAAAACCGGCGACGCUGCUGGCAAAGAGAUGACGGAGAUCGCCGGAAUCCAUAAAAUUAACCCCAAUGCUCUCAUCUGUGAUUUUGCGUUCGAUCCUUGUGGUUACUCGAUGAAUGGAAUCGACGGCGAUCGAUAUUCCACGAUUCAUGUUACGCCGGAGGAUGGGUAUAGUUACGCUAGUUUUGAGUGCGUUGGUUCCAUUUAUGACGAUGAGGAUGACGAGGACGGCGGCGACGGCGACGAUUUUAUACGGAUGUUAAGGAGAGCGGUGCAGGUUUUCCGACCGGGGAAGGUCUCGGUUUCGGUGACGACGGCGACCACCGCGUCGCAUCGACUAUGGGCGAGGAUAGCCGGAGCAAUGGAGCCGCUUGGGUUGAAAUGCCGGAGUUGUAUGGCGGAUGAGUUUCCAGCCGCUGGGAGCGUCGUGUUUCAGACGUUUACCGCUCGCCGGAAAAAAACAGGGGAAUGCGGCGGCGGUGGUAGAUAAAUGUUCCGAAACGGCGGGGUUUUUUUUCCUAGUGAGGAGUUAGAUUGAAUUAUUAUUAUUAUUAAUAUUAUUAUUAUUAUUAUUAUUAUUAUUGUUAUAGGCCACGUUGCUGCAA